UUAAAUGCCCCCACAGUUUUAAGGUAAGAUAUUCUCGUGUGUAACCCGAUUGUGUCAUGAAUCUCAUAAAUUCAUUGACGUCACUGACUUGAGUAGACGUAAGUAGAAAUCGAGUAAGCACCUCUUAUAAAGUCGGCGUCUUUCAACAUUUCCAGCAAGUCUCAUAUCUACUUUUCUACAUAUCAACCAAUAGUAUUAUACCUUCUUCGUGCCAAUCACCAGUCAUCAUACAUUCCGGCAAAUCACAACCAUAUCCCAAAUCAAACAAAAUGUCUUCACAAAACAACAGUCAGCAACCUUCUCUAAUUGGCGGCCACGCCGAAUAUAUCAAGGGAGUCACAGAAUCAGCUAUCGGCAGCGUCACAGGGUCACAGGCUUGGACUAGCUCCGGAGAGCAAGACAAGGCCCAUGCCGUAGAUACCAUGAAGACGGCUGGCGCGAACCGCGAUUCAUCUCAAGGGUUCGGCAAGGUCGAACAGAAGUUGGGUCAAGCCACAGGCUGCGAAGGUAUGGUCAAAGAGGGGGCAGCUAGCAAGAAAUCCGCAUAGAUAGAGAAACAUUGUAACAUCAUGUAUAUUAAUAUCAAGUGUGUUCUGGAUGCUCAUGCUACUUGAAUAGAAGAAAAUAAGUAUGCGCAAUUGGUGAGGUAUAAGAUUGUAUUGUCAGUUCUGUUAAGGUUUUAUGUUUUACCAUCGGGUAUCGCGGUGGCAGCUAAAAGGGUAACAUCGCAUCCUCGGAAGACUAGGAUUCAUCAUCCGCGUUGUAUUGUAUAUACGUUCGUAUUAAAAUGUACCUAGACAAGCUUUUUAAGGUACCCGAUGGUAAAUUCCCUUCUAAAUUCCCAAUAAGGGCGGCUGGAAACACG